GUGUGCCCCUGGCAGCAGCUCACCUGGAGGUUUCUUCCUGAGCACAUAGCUGUUUAAGGGUGUCUGGAUUAAAAAAGUCGGGUUUGACUGACCACAACUGAAAAGAUAGACGUCAGAAAACUGUCAGCAUGAUUUCAAUUAGUUAAGCACCAUUUGCAUACAAGUUGACCAAAGAAAUCCCAUAUAACGUUGCUGUGAACUGUACUUUAGCUAGCUUUAAUGAUCUUACCUGUACUGCCUGACAGUGAGUGCGUCAUUAUUCGACACCAGUGACCUGGCAGACAGAUAUCUUUGAAGUCUGUCAACAUUGAAUUUAUGUUGCUGUCGUACAGGAGUUGUUUGCUCUUCCAUGUCUCAGUUCGGGAGUGGAUUAAUCAUUCUCAGGUGCAUUGUUGAGAUAACUUUCGCUCUGUUGAUAGUGUAGCUGUCGGACCGUUUACGCUUGCGCACACCUACGUUACGUCCUAAAAAACUUAAAACUCUAAAAAAGCAUGAUAUAUUUGAGAUACAUCACUAAUAUUCAACCGACUAAAUUGGUAAAUGGUCCGAAAAGUUCAGCAACUGGCUUACAUAUCUAAAUAUAGUUAUAACAAUUUUCUUGUGGCAUUGGAACGCAAAGUAAUUCGUACUCGUUUCUACACGGACAUUGUUUGCCGGAACACAUAUCCUGACAGCUGAUUUUAGUUGUGAAGACGUGUACUUUCAGAACGGAUUCCGACACAUAUAGCUUCUUUAUUUGUGCUUUAUUCCUUUUUUAUUUCUUAUAAAACUACUCAGCGGUGGUAUUAACCGAAUGGCGACGGUAGAGGAGCUGAAGCUGCGGGUGAGGGAGUUGGAGAAUGAAUUAAUAAAGUGUAAGCAGAAGCAGUGUGCCGCGGAGGAUGCUCAAAAUCAGGAACUCCACAGACCCAAAAUUGACAAAAUGAGCUCUGAAGUUGUGGAUUCUAAUCCUUACAGCCGGCUAAUGGCUUUAAAGAGGAUGGGCAUCGUGGAUGAUUAUGAGAAAAUCCGGACGUUCACAGUGGCUGUGGUUGGUGUUGGUGGGGUUGGCAGUGUGACUGCUGAAAUGCUCACUAGAUGUGGCAUUGGUAAGUUGCUCCUCUUUGACUAUGACAAGGUAGAGCUGGCCAACAUGAACAGACUGUUCUUCCAGCCUCACCAGGCAGGCCUUAGUAAAGUGGAAGCAGCAGAACACACACUCAGGAACAUUAACCCAGAUGUGUCAUUUGAGGUCCACAACUACAACAUCACAACAAUGCAAAAUUUUACACAUUUCAUGGAGCGCAUCAGUAAUGGAGGCUUGGAGGAAGGGAAUCCAGUGGAUUUAGUUCUGAGCUGUGUGGACAACUUUGAAGCAAGAAUGGCCAUUAACACAGGUUGUAAUGAGCUGGGUCAGAUCUGGAUGGAGUCAGGUGUCAGUGAGAACGCUGUAUCAGGACACAUCCAGCUCCUCAUACCUGGAGAGACGGCGUGUUUUGCUUGUGCUCCACCUCUAGUUGUUGCAGCCAAUAUUGAUGAGAAGACCUUGAAAAGAGAGGGGGUGUGUGCUGCCAGCUUACCAACAACAAUGGGUGUGGUCGCAGGCCUCCUGGUGCAGAAUGUCCUGAAGUACCUUUUAAAGUUUGGCACAGUCAGUUAUUAUCUUGGCUACAACGCAAUGCAGGACUUCUUCCCCAGCAUGGCUAUGAAGGCAAACCCUCAGUGCAAUGACCGCUACUGCAGGAGACAACAGGAGGAGUACAAGAAAAGAGAAGCAGAGAGGCCAAAAGUUGAAGUUGUACAGGAAGAAGAGGAGGAGGUGGUCCAUGAGGAUAACUACUGGGGUAUUGAAGUAGUAUCAGAAGUGACAGAAGCUGAGUUACAGGCUGCAUCAGGCACCGUGCCAGACCUCCCUGAGGGCAUCACCGUGGCUUACACCAUUCCAGCUGAGACUGCAGCAACUGGGGAGACUGUGGAGGAGACUGAGCAGAGCCUUGAGGAGCUGAUGGCUCAGAUGAGAAAGAUGUAACAAGCUGCCUGUUCAGUUAACACCUGCUUUUUCUCACUUCCAUCUCUCAAUUUGAUAACAAGCAUCCUCAUGUUAAAAGCUAAUUUAUCAUCAAACAAACUACUACCAAAUGAAAUCUUCUAACAGCUGACGACUGGAAAUCCAUUAAAAGUGCUGCUGAUGGAAUUUCACACAAACUACAAAUGCUGAAGAGCAAAUGUGUUAUUUGCUGAAGUACAAGGAGCUUGUGGAGCACUUGGUACAGUCUCUAAUGAAAUGUAUGUAAACCUAGAAUGAAAUCACAAAACAAGUACCACAGUGUGUAUGUUCUACGGUUUGGUCAGUGAAUGUGCGACCCUUCCUCUCAUGUCACUCGGCUUUAAGCAAAACAAAUCUGCUGCACAAUGUUUACGUUGUCUCAAUAAAAUAUUUAUUAGAUGGAAUACAA